AUGUUCAAAGACAAUGCUAAGACACCUUCCAGGUUCGUUCUGGCCAGCACACAAGAAUUGCAUGAAAAGAUCAACGAAUUGGCCCAACGUGUUCGAGAUCUCGAGGAUGCCCUCCGAGUCUCGCACGCCCAACUCAGCACAGAGCAGCAUCCUCUAUUGACCGAAGAACUUCUCAAAAUCAAAGCACCUCUCCAACGAGAGCCUGCAACUGCGCGUAGCCACAUCGGCGGAACAAUCAAGGAGGAAGAGCAGUCGACAGAUAUCCCAGACGCCUUUGGCUCAUUAUCAAUCAGCUCUGUUUCUGGCAGGACGAAGUAUUUUGGUCACAUUGCCAACUCAUGGAACGAGUCUCCAGAGGAAGACGGGCCAGAUGACUCUACUAUUAACAACCUCAGGGGCCUUCUCCCGGCCGAGAUCCUGACUAGAGCCUCUGCAUUCCCCGUAUCUCCAAUGUCCACCCUUGGAAAUGUUGGGCUGGGCACGCUCCGCUGGUUCCUCCCUUACGCCAACGAAGCGCAAACUCUAUGCCAGAUCUUCUAUUCCCAUGCAGCAUGGAUGUACAAUCCAAUCAACCAAGAGACUUUCGAAGAAGAGGUUUAUUCCCAGUUUUACCAGCGGGAUAGCACCGGCAACUACAGCGCUGUGAAUGGCGGUUCGAUAGGCUCCGAGGAACCUAUUGCCUACCAUCGCCUCUCGCUGAUGUUUAUGGUCCUGGCUAUCGGCUCUUUGAUGAAUACCUCCAUGCAAGCGUACAAUUUGGAAGCGGAGAAGUAUCACCAACUGGCUCGAGCCGCGUUGUUCCACACCUCGUUGUUCGAUGAGCCAACGCUGAAUGCAGUUCAAGCUUUGUUCUUAAUGACUUAUUACAUGUUCCUGGCCGACCGACAUGGUAGCAACACGGGAGCACGGUGGGGUAUCAUGGGGAUAACCAUCAAGGUGGCACAAAGCCGACGUCAUUUGUCAGAUCGGGACAGUGGCCGAUGGAAGGUGAACGCUGAGGAGACCCAGAGGAGACGCGAGCUCUUUUGGGAACUUUUCACGUACGAUUCCUGGCAAUGCUACACUUUUGGACGGCCGCCUUCGUUUGCGCUUCCUCACAUCGACACGAAGAUGCCCUUUAUUAACGAUAAAAGUGAUGAACACGCCUUUCACGCCUGGAAGCACAAGUUUUCAUCAGAAUGCAUGAACCUGUUCCAUGAUCAGGCAUUUGGAGCGAAAACGCCCACAUAUGCCACUGUUCUCCAAUUGGAUAGGAAGAUGCGCGCCUUCCCCGUGCCACCUGUGCUACAGGUCGCUGGGUUUGGAAACUCGGAUGGCAAUCGACUUAUCGGGCAAGAUACCGUGCAGCUGACAUUGCAGCGGCAUAUCGUCCUCGCAAUCAGAGAGAUGAAUCUUCUAUACUUGCACAGAAGCUUCUUUGCCCGCGCCAUGAGCGAUCACCCCAAGGACCCGCUUGGGAGCCCAUACGGAACCUCCGUAAUUGCGGCCUAUCGAAGCGCGGGAUCUCUGGUUGCCCUCAUGCGUAAUCUCCAUAGUCAGUUGAAAGAACCCAGCGAACGGAUGUGGUUCCUUUGGACACAUAUGUUCUCUUGCGCAAUCGUGCUUGGGUCCAUCGUAACGAGAUGUCCCUCGAUGAGUCUGGCGCAAUCAGCGCUGGGCCAGUUGGAAUCUGCUUGUGAUCUGUUUGCCAAAGCCGCUCGUGGAUUCCGAGCGACAAAGGUAUUGAACAUUAUGCUACACCUACGGUCUCGGGCACAGUUCAGCUUGGACGAAUACAGGCGAGGGAAUGGGUCGCCGAUCACUCGACUUAACCCUGCAGAUCCUUCUUCUCCGACUGAGGAAGAUGAUGAGUUGUCGAUUCUUGGAGGCAAGACUCGUCUCGUGUCGAAGGAGCAGCCUUCGUCCCCUCGGUUAUUGGAGCGGUCGCCGACGAGCCAGAACCCUGUUGUACCGCUACCUCUUCCUUCGAGUAUACAAUCGGCGGACCCCAACCUGGCCAUGUACCUGAGAUCAUUUAACCCCUCACAAAAUCCUCCGCAAUCCCACCACCAUCAAUCCCCCUCCAUCUCCCAGAGUUCCAGCGGCAACUCGUAUACCACUAUGGACGCCAUGCAUUCAUCGGACCGUGGAGGGUCGUAUGGUAAUGAGCUGGAGCUCUCCCCCGUGUCGAUGUAUGGGAUGUCUGCGAUUCCGACGACCAACUACAGCUCGAGCUCGGAGAACGCGUCGUACAUGCAGCAGCAACAACACCAGGCUAUGCAAAAUGCUACUGCUGGCCCUUCCAAUCCCUCAUCGACGAUGAUGGAUGUUUCUGCCAACGGCUUUGGAGAAUUCCCUCAGUACUUCCCUGUUUAUGACUAUGGUUCUGGUGGUAUGAGCGGAGGCAACACGGCUGGGUAUGGACCUAGUUCACCGAUGCUGGAGGGGAGUGGCCUCAAUCAGCGGCGUAGCUCAGGGUCACCGGAAGCUGGUAAUUUACAGACGACAUGGCAAGACUUUGUCGACACGAUUCGCGCUAUCUAAAUGGACAAUGGUCAGACUGGUCACAUCACAUCAGUUAUUUACCUUCUUCUUUUUUCCCCCUUUUUUUCUUCUCGUUUUCGGUUCCUCUUCUGGCAUCUGUUGCUAUAUUGCUCUUUGCUCUCUAUUACCGUUUGUUGUAAUUAAAGUACAGUUUCUUCGUCCCUGAUUUGAUGUUGGGAAAGACGCAAUCUCUCCUUGUAUGUCUAUAUGUACUCUAUGUAACACCGCAUGGAUGGUUUUGUG